GUGUUUGUAUUUGGUCAUAAGCUAAAAAAUUUAGAAAUAAGAAAGUUGCAACUUGAUUCGUAAAAUAUUUUCACGUACAUUCGAAAUAUUUUUAUAAAUCUUUUGUAAUAACUCGAAUGGUGAUAUCGCACAUUAGCUGAAAAUAAUUUCAACUGGUUGGCAACAGAUGCAUUUUGCAUUUUAUUAUAUUGCAAUCAGAUAUUGAGGAAUGGCUGAAAAUGCUACUGCAUCAAAUGCAGAGGAAAAGACUGUUUCCUCGGCUAUGACACAAUGCUACGAAAAUUAUAUCAUAGUCGAUGUUGGUGCGAAUCUUACGAAUAAAAAAUAUAGCAGAGAUUUAGAUAGUGUAAUUCAAAGAGCAAAAGAUGCUGGUGUACAAAAAAUUAUGGUAAUGGGUGCAAGUAUUCGAUCUAGUAAAGAGGCAUUAAGAUUAACUAGGAUAUACCCUGGUACUAUUUAUUCUACUGCUGGUGUGCAUCCUCACGAUGCAAAGUCAUGGGAAAAUCCUGAUACUCUACAAGAACUUAAAAGCAUAGCUAAUAAUCCAGAAUGUGUUGCAAUAGGUGAAUGUGGUUUAGAUUAUAGUCGUGACUUUUCUGACCCAGAGACACAACGUGCUGUUUUUCAUAAACAAGUGGAACUUGCAUGCCAAUUAAAUAAACCACUUAUAAUACACGAAAGAGGCUCUCAAACAGAUGUUCUAGACGUCCUUGAACACUAUAAAAAUUGUUUACCACCGGUUUUAAUUCAUUCGUUUAUCGGAACUGCAGAAGAAGCACAAGUUUAUUUAAAUCAUGGCUUUUAUUUAGGAAUUACAGGAUAUUUGUGUAAAGAUAAAUCUGAUAGUGGAAUAAGACAAUUAUUGGAAAGAGGACUUGCACCUUUAGAAAGAAUAUUAGUAGAAACAGAUGCCCCGUUUAUGUAUCCUAAUACUAGAGCCAGUAAACUACCUGUACAUGUUAAAAAUGCUCUCACAGAACGAUCUAUGACAUUUCUUCAUCGUUAUUGUACUUUUCAACGUAACGAACCAUGUGCCUUACCAGCAAUAGUGGAAAUGGUAGCAGCAUUUAUGCAAAUCACACCGGAAGAAGUCGCUUUAGCCACUGCUUUCAAUGCUUUAAAAUUAUUUGGUCUAAAUCAGUGAUAUUAAAAAUCAUCUUUUAUUAUCCAAAAAUGGUGCUAAUUGGUGCUAUUUAACGUUUUAAUUAUUCUGUUAUUAAUACGUGACCCCUUUCUACAUUUUAAAAGCAUUGUUUGUGUAUCUAUACAAAUGUACCUUUU